AUGGGUAAAAAUGGGUACAACUUCAGGAGUCAUCUCACCGACGAGUACCAGCCAGGCAAUGGGCAAAAAUUGGGUUUGGGGAUUUUGGCCAACGUGGGAUUCGGUUCCCCCCCCGAUGCAGGCGCGGACCCGGCGCUGUCGGACCCCGAGCUGGCGCAGCGGCUGCGGCGGAACCGGCGCCUGGCCCUGGCCCGGCUGGACGACGUCAUCGCGCGGUUCGCACAGCGCCAGGAGCGGCACCACGAGAGGGGCGACGGAGCCGGGGCACGGAAACGGGCACGGGGAAACCGGAGGAAGAAAGAGGAGGAGGAGGAGGAAGAGGAGGAGGAAGAAGAGGAGGAAGAGGAAGACGAGGAAGAGGAGGAGGAAGAUGAAGAAGACGAGGAAGAGGAGGAGGAGGAAGAGGAGGAGGAGGAGGAGGAAGGAGAAUCCUCGGAGGCCGAAGGGCGGGUGAAGGUCAAGGAGGAGGAGGAGACGGAGGAGGAGGAGGAGGAAGGAAGAGAAGCCGCGGCGGCGCAGGGUGCGGCCGAUCCGGGGGUCCCGGCGCUGCCCCUCCCCCCCAAAGCCGAGGGGGAGGGGGGGGGUCCCGAGGGGGGUCCCGAGCCCCUCCCCCCCCCCCAAGCCCGAGCUGUUCCUGCUGGAGAUCGAAGCGCCACGCCCAAGGCCACGCCCCCCUCCCCGCGGGGCCACGCCCCUCCCCCGCCCCCGCCCGGCUUGGAUUUGGGGGGCGGGGCCCGCAAGCGCCCCUGCCCCCCCUCGCCCCCCUCCCCCCCCCGGCCCAUCAGCUCCACCUCCCUGAACGGGGGGGGAGGGGCGGGGGGGGCCGAGACCCCGCCCCCGGCCCAGGGACCCCCCCCCAGGAAACGGAGCCGGAGCGAGACCCAGAGGUGA